ACUCAAUCACUCUCUCUCUCACGAAAAAUGGCUAGCCUUCCCGACUUCUCUGCCGACACUGGUCUCUCGACCCUCGAGAAGUACUUGAGCACUCGCUCGUACAUUGACGGCCACUCGCCCUCGCAGGCUGACGUUGCCGUCUUCGACAAGUGCAAGGCUCCCGACGCCGAGAAGUACCCUCACGUCGCUCGCUGGUUCCAGCACAUUGCUUCGUACGAGGCCGAGCACCCCAACCUCACUGGCGACAAGGCCCGAGCUGCCGCUCUCCUUGCCCCUGCGCAAGGCUCGACUAUCACCACCCCCGCUGCCGCUGCUGCCGCCACGGCGGACGACGACGAUGACGACGUCGACCUCUUUGGCUCCGACGAGGAGGAGGACGCCGAGGCCGAGCGUAUCAAGGCCGAGCGCGUUGCCGAGUACAACCGGAAGCGUGCCGAGAAGGAGAAGGUGAAGGGCAAGACCAUUGCCAAGUCGGUCGUCACGCUCCAGGUCAAGCCCUGGGAUGAUGAGACGGACCUCGAUGCUAUGGAGAAGGAGGUCCGUGCCAUUGAGAAGGACGGCCUCGUCUGGGGCGCAUCCAAGAAGGUUCCUGUCGGCUACGGCGUCUACAUGAUCCAGUUCACCCUCGUCGUCGAGGAUGACAAGGUCUCCAUUGAUGAGCUCCAAGAGCAGAUCCAGGAGAUCGAGGACUACGUUCAGAGCAGCGACGUGGCUGCCAUGCAGAAGCUCUAAAUAGAAGGACUGUCUGUUCAAUGACCGCAGACGCCCUGUCUUCACCGUCUCUCUCAAUUUUGAUUGACGUGGAACUUAAAAGAAGCACUUCAGCCCCUAGUCAUAUAG